AUGCCUCGCAGAAAGCGCUCCCUCGACGAAAUGGCUUUGGCCAACAAGUCCGACUCCGAUGAUGGCGACUACAGUGACCACCCCGUACGUUCCUCACGAGCAGCUGCUUCGAGAUCGAAACCGAAAAAGCCCAAGACCGCGAGAAAGAAGCGCCGUGACUCGGAAGACGAUAUCUUAUCCGAUGACGAGAUCUUAAGCGAUGCUGAAGAACUUUCUUUCAACGAGUCAGAGCUAGAAGAUGAUAGUAUGGCUCAGCGGAAUGCGAGGGGUCUUGUCGCCCGGAGGGCAGCAACGAAGAGACCGGCGUACGAAGAAGGCCCAACUAGCUCCGACGAUGAGGAGGAACAAGACAAUGAUGUUGAUGCUCAUGGGGAGGAAGAAGAAGUAGUAGAAGAAGAAGUUGAACCAAUUCCUCCCAUGAAAAAGCAGAGCGCGGUGGUUAAACUAAAAAUCAACCCUACUACUCUUCAGCGACAGAACGAGAUUCUACAACAGCAGAAUCAGGGCAAUCGCAGGAUCACCCGGCGAAUGCGCGCUGAAUCUGAAGAAAUAUAUGCCCUUACAAAUUCCGGGCGCCAUAUGGAGACCGUGCAGCGGGCGACCCGCAGCCCUGAGGCCGAGGCACCACUAGCGCAUCGUCGUCGUCCAUCCAGAGAGACUCGAGGCUUAAAGCAAGUCAUCGUGGAGGAGGAAGAGGAAAAUACUACAGUGGACAACCAUAACAAUGACAAGACCGAGGAAUAUGUGGUUGACGAGACGACGACUGAGAUCAAGGGCUCUCAGCUCGAAAUCCAAGAAAGCGCCCAUGGUAGUUUUGAAGAGUCCGCACCUGCCGCGGUGGAGCCCGCAAAAACGGAACCCGAAGGUGAGGAAGAAGGUUUCGUCCCCGAAUCCGAGAAUGGCGAUGAGAAACACCAACAAGACGACGAGGACGAUGACGAUGAAGGUCCGACUACCCGGAGAAGGACUAGGGGAAAUAGACAACCAACUCAAGAGGAUCCCCGAUUAGGAGAGGCGUCACACCCUCGUCGCUCCAGCCGCAAGAAGCCCCCCCGCAGUUCCCAGCGCAAGGGCCAAGAUGAAGAGAGCGAUUUCGAACCAGAAGAGGACUCGAAUGACGACGAGGAGGAACUGCAGUCGGAGGGAAGAUCUCAAGCCUCGCCCCAAAAGGGCCAUGAUGACGACGACGGAGACUAUACAAGCCGACGGCCGGGUCUACGAAAGAGGGCAUCACGCUCCCGUGGGCAGUCGGAGGCAGCAGCAGACAUUGCCGACGAACUUGCUGAGGAAUUACACGACCUCAGAGGAGGUCGCUCCCGUCGGAGAAUGCAGCCAGAGAUUAUCUACGAGAAACCCCGUCGCAAUCGCAAGAAUGUCGACUACAGAAUCAUCCGUCCUGAUAUCUUCCUGCCUAUCGAAGAGGAGAACGAAGUCAACGAAUCUCCCUCGCGGCGCGGCCGGGGAGGUGGAGGAGGCGGCGGCGGCGGUACCUGGCAACGAACGCUUUUCCCAACAUAUGGCCCCUUUGGAGGCGCCGGGCCAUCUGCGAUCUUGGCUGGCCCCGAUGCGCCCGUAGCCACAGGGGGGGUGGACAGUGAUAGCAGUGAUGACGAGGCCAUUCAACCUAUCAAACCUGGUGCGGCAGGUGCCCCCGCGCAGGCUCAUGGUGCUGAUCCGGUGCAAGGCCCUUCAGGGACACCCGGGAACCUCGGCAAGGUCAAAGAUAGACAAACGUUGGCGGAUGCGGACCCGCUGGGCGUCGACUUGAAGGUCAACUUCGAUAGUGUCGGUGGUCUACAGGGGCAUAUCGACCAGUUGAAGGAAAUGGUUUCGCUGCCACUACUGUACCCUGAGAUCUUCCAGCGUUUUCACAUUGUUCCUCCACGGGGUGUACUCUUCCAUGGACCUCCUGGUACGGGUAAAACGCUACUGGCUCGGGCUUUGGCGAACAGUGUCAGUUCUGAAGGUCGCAAGGUAACAUUCUACAUGAGGAAGGGAGCGGAUGCACUCAGUAAAUGGGUGGGUGAAGCUGAAAGGCAGCUGCGGUUGCUGUUUGAGGAAGCGCGCAAGACUCAGCCCAGUAUUAUCUUCUUUGAUGAAAUCGAUGGUCUGGCUCCCGUGCGAUCAAGCAAGCAGGAACAGAUUCACGCGUCCAUCGUUUCGACCCUGUUGGCGUUAAUGGAUGGUAUGGAUGGUCGUGGCCAAGUCAUCGUCAUUGGUGCUACAAAUCGACCGGACUCUGUUGACCCAGCCCUCCGCCGUCCUGGCCGUUUCGACCGUGAAUUCUACUUUCCCUUACCCAACAAGGAAGGUCGACGAGCGAUUCUCAACAUUCAUACUAAGGGCUGGGAUCCGCCGUUGCCGGAUGAUAUCAAGGACGAACUGGCCGAAAUCACCAAGGGCUAUGGAGGUGCGGACCUGCGCGCCCUUUGUACAGAAGCAGCCUUGAACGCAGUCCAAAGACGAUACCCCCAAAUCUACAAAUCGGAUGAGAAACUCGUCAUAGACCCGAAAUCGAUCAGCGUCAGUCCAAAGGAUUUCAUGUUGGCAACCAAACAGAUGGUCCCCUCAUCCGAACGGUCAACAACUUCCGGUGCUUCUCCGCUGCCCAAGACUGUGGAGCCCUUAUUACGGCGGUCCUUGGCAGAUAUCCAGAAGCAGCUAUCCGAAAUCUUGCCCCCGCGGAAGAGGCUCACUGCUUUGGAGGAGGCUCAGUUUGAGGAUCCGGAGACCUCAGGGAGCUUCCGUCGUGAGCACAUGCAGCAGGAAUUCGACCGGUCACGGGUUUUCAGACCUCGGAUGCUCCUCCGUGGGCACCAAGGGAUGGGCCAACAGUACCUGGCGUCUGCUAUCUUGCACCACUUUGAGGGACUUCACGUCCAGCCGUUUGACCUACCGACCCUGCUCAGUGACUCUACUCGAUCCGCGGAAGCUGCUGUUGUGCAACUCUUCCAAGAAGUCAAGAGACAUAAGCCGAGUGUGAUAUACGUCCCUAGUAUCUCAGCUUGGCAUGAUGAGACCGUGGGAAAGGCUGUCAUUUCUACAUUCUUGGGACUCUUGCGUUCGCUCCCGCCUAGUGAUCCUGUCUUAGUGUUUGGAGUUCUCGAAUCGAUAGGAGAAGAGGAUGAGAAAGAACCUCCUUCAAUCGUGAAGAAUUUGUUUGGAUUCUCAAAAAAGAACUUUUUUGAACUGCAGGCCCCCAAUCACGCCGCACGGCAUGAGUUCUUCGCGCAGCUGGUUGAUUACCUCAAGGUUUCGCCGUCCGAAUUCCCCGAUCCUGAGAAUCGUAAGAUAAGGAAACUCGAGAGACUGGAAGUCGCGCCGCCGCCACCUCCUAAGCCCGUUACGCCGCCCACGAAGGAACAACUAAAAGCGCAGAAGAAGAAGGACCACCAGACGCUCAAUUUCUUGAAAAUCCGCAUCCAGCCGAUCAUGGAUCAGAUCAAGAAGUACAAGAGGUUCAGGACCGGUGUGAUCGAUGAGUCUCAGAUUCGGUAUUUGUGGGAGGAAGACAAUCCGAAUAUCCUCACCAGCGAUUUGCCUAUCGAGCAGCGGACUACUUUCCGGCCGUUCGAGAAGGCUCAAGACAAGCAUGGGGUUCUUGGUCUCCGGGAGACGGUCUCUGGAAAGUUCUUUUACAACAUGGAGAUUGUGACCAUUGAGAAGCGACUCUCCAACGGGUUUUAUAAGCGGCCUAAGGACUUCCUUGCAGAUAUCAAACGGAUUGCCAAGGACGCCAAACAAGUCGGUGAUCAGGAGCGGAUACUGAGGGCUAAUGAACUCCAGUCCAAUGUUGAAGUUGAUGUCGGCACUAUCGAGCAGGCAGAACCAGCUCUCGUGACCGAAUGUGAGCAGGUUUAUCUGCGGGAAUUGGAGCGGGAGAAGAUCGCAAUGGAACGAGUUAGGAGGGUUGAGGAGGAAGAGGAAGCCUUUGCGCAGGCGAACAAGGUGCCGCAUGGUAAUACCGAGUCGACUGUGACUAGUGGUCCUGUCAAUCUGGGUGAGUCAUUUACCGAUGGUGAAGGUGGCUUGAAGUUACCACCUGGGCAGCCGGAUACGCCAGUGACGCCUUCGCGGAAUCGUCUCGCUGUAAGCUUUACGUCCAAUGGCUAUGGCGGAGGUUCGGAUCUCAAUGAUCUCAGCACGCAGGCUGUGAUGAGCAACGGUUCGCAUGGUGACGGGGACGGUGAUGGAGACACCUACAUGACCAACUCGGAGGACCAGUCCGGCGGAAGGGAUACACAGGACAGCUCGUUCGGCCCGUCUGCACAGACUAAGCCUCCACAUUCACAUACCGCGCCUUCCCAGCAAGUGAGACGCGAAUCCGGCCUGUUGAAUUUGUCGCAGAGGGGGACCAUGACUCCUAUGGCACCUGGAUCGCAGCCACUUGAUUACACCAAUGAAGCUUCAACCACGCAGACAUCGGAUGAGAAGAAGUCCGAGCAGUCAUCUGGCCCUCGACAUCAACAGAACCAGCACCAGCCUGCCCAACAGAACAACUCGUUUCACAGUCCGAUGACAGGUCAAGGUGGUCGACAGGAUUAUCCCGACCUCACUCAAUACCCCGAUCGUUCGUCGUAUGAGGAGCACCUUCCAGACACGCAGCAAGAAGCGAGCAGCCAACCGUCUCCACGUGCGAAUGUGGACAAUGCCCAUCUACCGAACGGUGGCAGUCAAAAAGCCCAGGCCCAGGCGCAACCGCCAGUGCCCCUUUUCGAUGCUCCCAACAAACAGCAAUUACAUGCGUCUCCCAAUCUUCAGGACUUGCUCAACGAUGAAGACCAAUCUCCCAAGCUGAUCCUGGACCACGAUUACAUCAACCAGUUGCAUGAAGAACUUACUCAACGCACCAGUGGGUGCUCUGUGGAGCAAUUGGAGCAGAUAAACACCAACCUGAUGGACUACGUGUGGCAGACGCGGGGUGAAUGGAACCGUACCCAUGUAGUUGCUGGCAUCGUCCAGACCUUCAAUGCCGUCCUGGAGGACAUGCAGGACAUGCAGGAAAUCGGGCAUAUCAGCCAAGAGACCAAGGAGCGGUUAGGAGAGGCACCGAGCUUCCAGAUAUAA